AUUCCCUCCAUCGCUUCAAAUCCAACACUGUCAUAUCACCCUCUUCAUCAUUGCCUCUCAAACCCUUUUUUUCUAAACAAUUUCUCUUUGUCUCUCUUUGUCUUAUAUUUCUUCUCUUCCUUGUUAACCUAAAGCUCUACAUUUACAAAACACCUUAACGUGAUCUCUGUAUCACACACAUCUUCUUCUAAAUCUCACACGCUUUCUCUCUUUCUUUCUUUCUCUGUUUUCUCACAUGACCCUCUUGCCUUCUGUUUAUUAAUUAAUUUCCCGUUGCAGCUUUUGACACUGUCUGUCUCCAACAUUACAGCUCGUUUCCUCUCUUAAACUAAACUUCUCUGCCUUCUUCUCUCCUUCGUGUUUAUAAAUUCUGUCUUCUUCUUCUUUGUUCAAUUGUGCUUGAAAAAACAUGUGCACUGAGAGAUCCAUGCGAGACCCAGAAUCUUUCCCACAGAGAAGAAGAACCCCGUCUUUCUCCUCUAGCCUCCUUGACGCAAUUUACCGUUCGAUCGACGAGUCAAAAUCCAGUCUUGGUGAGGAUCUUGAACUGGGGGUCUCGAAAAAGAGCAAUUUCACCUAUAAACAGAGUGUGUAUAUGGAGAAAGGAGGGAAAGUGAGGAUGAAUCUUCGUCGAGCCGUUAUGAUGGAGGAUUGGAUGGAGAAACAGAGUUCUAUGUUGUUUAAUUCUUCUUCAAGCUCAUCGGAAUGUAGCUCUCGUGGUGCAGCAUUUUCAUUCUCAGAAACAGAAGCCAGCUUCAGAAAACUAAGGCCAAAGCUCAGAUCCGAGAGGACCCAGAAGCAUGAGAAGCCAAAGAAGGUGAAGCAGCCAAUUUCACCUGGAAGUCGAAUAGCUAGCUUCCUGAGCUCCAUCUUCAAUUCUGGGAAUGUGAAGAAGGCCAAGAUGUGUUAUGUUGGAGCUGUAGAAGAUGUUGGCCUUGAGAGAAAAUCAAAAUCACCAUGCUUAUCCACUUCCUCUGCUUCUUCCUUCUCGUGCAUGAGGAAAACUCCUAAAUGCCAGAAGCCCAACAAUGGCAGCGUCAAAAGAUGCGUGAGAUUUUACCCAGUUAGUGUGACCCUAGGCGAGAACGAAAACUCCCAACCGUACCACAGUGAUCCAAACAGUGUUCGGAAAUUCUCAAGAAACCCUUCAAUGAAGAAGUUGAAGAGCUGCUCUGUAGUGGCUAAGGAAAACAGAGCAGAGGCAAAACAAGCAAAUGGCGAGUUAAAUUUCAGAGGGUUUUAUGGUCGUAAUAAUGAACAUGAGGUUCAUGAAGAUGACGAUGCUUUGAGCUGUUCGAGUUCAGAUUUGUUUGAGUUGGAUCAUCUUAUAGGAACUGCAAGGUACCGAGAAGAGCUUCCUGUUUAUGAAACUACUGAUUUAGAAACCAACAAAGCCAUUGCUAAUGGUCUUCGAGUGUAGUCUUGUAACCUUCAAAAACAAAAUCAUUCUAUUUCAUUCCUCAAUUUGUGGAAUUUUUCAUUUAAUAAUGAUUUAUGUAUUUUUUUCCG